AUGAAAACCCAAAUCAUGUUGAAUCGACAUGAUCCGAAGGCAAAAGAAGACGGCUCGAUUAGUGUAGGAGGAGAGGACAUGUCUAUGGCUAUGGUUACAUUAUCCGGAGAAGCCAUCGACAAAUCUGUCGCCCCGGGAACCGACCAAAGUCCCCGAGAUGAGGAAUCAAGAGAAGUAGACGGAAGAGAAAAAGAGAAGGAAGCCGGAGACGAAGGAGAGAAUAAGGCCAAAGAAGGGGAUGAGGAAAUGGAGCCCCGAAAAAACGACGAAGAAGCUGAUGAAAGGGCGAUCCAAUUGGUACGACAUACUAAGUCGCAUGCAGAGUCGUUUGUUGAUGACGAAGAAGAAGGAAUGCGACCGCUGAAGUUGCACUUUCCUUCAAGCCAGUAUCAAAAGUCUAUAAAGCUUUCAGGAAAAUGUUACAUUGACAAUGCGAUAAGAAAUAUACAAACGAUCCUGAAAGAGAAGGAGGUGAAAUGGUUCAUAGAGCACCCACAAUUCCAACAUUUCUUCCAUAUUAAAAACCGAAAGCAGAAGUGGAUGGGAAUGUGGGUUCUCGUUUUGCGAUCAGCUUGUGUUGCGAAGAAGCAUGAGUUAUGGUUUGCUGUUAAUGGCGUCCCAAUCCGAUACUCUCUCAGAGAAUUAGAACUCAUUUCUGAACUAUACUGCCAUGAGUAUCCCCCCAACCAUGAGAGGUUGGGUGGUACAACAUUCAUGAACAAGUAUUUUGAAGGGAAAAGGGUAACAUACGCUGACCUGGAGAUGCAGAUGUUGGCAAUGAAAUCAAAGCCAUCUGAGGAUCGUAAGAAGAUGGCUGCUAUGUACUUCUUAGCCAGCAUCCUCGUCGGAGGCCGAAAGAGUGGUGAGGGAGCAUCACCUGUGGACAGUUUCUUCAUGACUGUUGUUGAUGACCUAGAUGCGUGUGAAACGUUCCCUUGGGGACGGUAUGCAUUCGAACAUAACUUGAAAGAUGUCUCUACCUUCUUGGAGAAAUGUGAUGGGGUUGCACCGACGAUUUGGGUUUUUACAAGCUUUCCUAUCCUUUUGGAGUUGUUGGCCUUUGAGGCAAUUCCAAGCUUGAGGAACCAUUUCCGAGAAAAUGUGAGUGGUGCACGCAGUGGUUGCCCGCGGAUGUGCAAGAUGCAGUACAAACGCAAAAGUGGAACCAGGGAAUUCAGUCUGAAUGCUGUGAAUGAUAAAAUUGGUAAUAGUACAAAGGAUAUUGAGAGUAUCUUGGUAGCAACAGCAGCUGAGAAGAAACUUCUGGAAACCAUAUGGAUGGACAAGGAAAGUUGUUGGGCCGAUGACGACGAUGAUGCAGCAGUUGAUCGUUGGACGAAGAUAAAACGGAAAGGGAAGAAACAAGUUUUCUUUGAAGAACAGUUCGGCAUUGAUUUUGAGGCUCGUACAUCUCGUAAUGAAGGUCAGGCUCAUGCAGAAUCUGGUCAGGCUCAUGCAGAUUCGGUAGAGGCUACUGGAGCUACUCCUGAAUCUGCUUUUCAAGCGAUGGAAGGUCGGCUUAUGAAUGCAGUCCGAGAGGCUAUGAAGGAAAUGAACGAAAAAGUCACUUCAUUGUCGCAUAAGCUAGCUCUUUUAGAAGAGGAGGUGAAAAGUCUUAGGUUGAGUGACAAGCCGGCAGACCAAGAUGCCCCUCAGAAGCAGGCGGACCAAGAUGCCCCUCAAAAGCAGACUGACCAAGAUGAUAGUAGUGAGGAUGAUGAGUCGGGGGAAGACGAUGGUAGUGACAAUAAAGAGUCGGAAGAAGAGGAUGGUAGUGACAGUAAAGAUGGUGGUUUCAUCGAGGAUGUUACAAAUGAAAAUCAGGGGGGCGAUGGUGACAUGGAUGACACUGAUGCAGAGAUGUAUGCACAUGCAGCGGAGUUCGAGAGAAGUUUAGAGAUGAAAAAGAAGAGGCCAAGAGAGGAUGAUGGAAAUGAAGCAGUUCGUGCGAAAAGUAGGUUUAGUCCCGUUGGUACAAGAAGUAAGAAGGCAGCUGAGAAGACAGCAGCUGAGAAGGCACCAGGUAAGAAGGCACCAGGUAAGAAGACACCAGAUAAAAAGGCAGCAGGUAAGAAGGCAGCUGAGGAGGACGCAGCCCAGAAGAAGCAGAAGACGGAGUGA